AGGGGCAAGCUCUUGUGUGACGGGCAUGGCGCACCCGGGGCCCCGAGCUGGACCUUAGCAUUCUUCAAUUUCUCUCUUGCGACGGUCCUGUUUUGAGUUUCCGACUUUUCAUCAAAUAUUUAUGUUGACCUAGUGAGCUAAUAUUAUUUCAUUAUGUAUAAAACACUGGUUAUCAUUUACAGAUUACGGAUUGAUUCUGUUUUAUUUUUGUUGCUUCCAUAUAUAUAUAUAUUUAUUAAAUUUGUUGCACUUUAUUUGUUAUCUAUGUUCCCCCUUGUGGUUGCCAAAAUUACUGGUGUGGGUAUUUCGUCUUGGCUCGGUGCUACAUCGGACCUUGAUGGGAAGAAACCACCAGCGUGUUUGCCGUGCGUGGAGACCUGUGUCCCUGGAAAGGGGGAUCCUGGUAGUUGAGGGGCACCCUGGUACCCCAACACUCUGCUUUGGCCCCUGCUUCAGAUAAACAGGAGGUACAUAUUGGCCUGUGUGUAUCAAUCGGCUAGUCACAAGCGUCAUCUGUUGACUAAGGUCAAGCCCGGGGUCACUUACUGGGCACCUCGUUAAGGGUGGAGGCUGCUUCAGGGGUGACUUUCGGGCGUAUAACUGUCGGUUAGCACUGGUGUUUAGGUAGCACAUUCAUAUUUGUUACUUACAUCCCCAAGUUGGACUCCGUGGUGGGUGGUGCCACUGAUAGUCGAAGUUUGUCUAAUUUUCUAUGGCUGAAAAUGAACAGGUGUUUAGUUCUGCUCACCGAAACAAAAGCGGAACAUCAACCCCCUCACCUAGUUUUAUCCUUGCAAAAUGCCCAAAUUAUGACCUUUCCAAAGCGAAAUUUCUUAUACUAAGUUCCACUGAAAAGAAGUUGUCUUCAAUGUCACCAUUCCUAGUCCAGAAAUCUUUGGAAACACACAUAGGAAACCCUAAAAAUGUGCGUCAGAUGCCCUCAGGCGACCUAUUAGUAGAAACAAAUUCUGAAAAACAGUCUGCUUCACUCUUAAAAUUACACCAACUUGGAAACGUUAAUAUAACUGUAACACCACAUAAUACACUUAAUAUAUCUAAAGGCGUUAUUAGCGAUAAUUCUCUCCAAUCAUUACCAACAUCUGAAAUAAUAGAAGGCCUUAGUAGCCAAGGCGUGAUAGAUGCACGUCAUAUAACAAUAAAAAAAGGUACUGAAAUUUUCACCACACAGCACUUAAUCUUGACUUUUAAUAACCCUGACUUACCUACUGAUAUAAAAGCCGGUUACAAAAAUUGUAAAGUCCGACCGUACAUACCUAAUCCUCUCCGCUGCUUUAAGUGUCAAAAGUUUGGUCACGCUACUAACAACUGUAGGGGUAAGGAAACAUGCUCUCGUUGUGGCCAAACAGGACACACAUACCAAUCCUGCUCUUCUCCAGAAAAAUGUGUAAACUGCAAUGAACCUCACUCUGCCAAUUCUCGUCGUUGUUCAAAAUGGAAGCAAGAGAAACAAAUUCUUAAUAUUAAAGUAAUGCAGAACCUUUCAUAUUAUGAAGCAAAAACGAAAUUCCUAAGCUCACAGCCUCGUCCUAACGUUUCCUAUGCGGCAAUAGUAUCAAGCCCAAAAGCUACUAAAUCUAUAGGCAUUCAAUGUGAUGUAAAAGAUACUGAAACUCAAACUCUUAAAACCAUAUCACCUAAGAAAGCUCCCAGUUCUUCUAAUCUGAAAUCUGCUCAGGCAAAGCAACAGAAACCAAACUCAAUAUCUCAUCGAUCUCAAGCACAAAGCUCAGUACAGUCUACUUCGACUCAAUUAGCACAAACCCAAAACAAUGCUGAAAAUAGUCAAUAUUUGAAAUUAACUCCACAAUUAGUAAGCGUUUUGCAUAAAAAGUUAACACAUUCUCCAUUAGUUAGUAAACCGAAAUACGUAUCAAAAAGCAGACAAAAUCGAUUUAAUAAAAAUCGUAAAAAACUUUCUAACACACAGGAACAAUGUUCAGAAUCAGAUGCGAUGAGCACUGACGAGAAUUGUGCAGAUGAGCAUAAUAUUUCUGGAAUGAUAAUUGAAAAGGGGAUGGUAACGCCAUCUAACCUUAGUCCUAAGAAAGCAAAAUCUAAAAUUAAUAAAUAA